CGCUAUACCAGGAUGUUCUGCAAAACCACGCUCCUUACUGUUGCUCUCGCACUCCUUUCCUCGGCAACUCCGAUCAUCCGUGACGAUACACUGUCAUCCGUUACAAACGGCAUCCACGUCCCGCUGCAGAAGCGGGGCUCCUUGAAGAGCGCAGACGGCGUCUUCGACUAUGAAAGGGCCGUCAGGCACCUCGUCAGGCAGAAGAACAAGUUCCGCCAAAACCUCAUCAACCUCCAGAAGAACCUCGGGGACGACGCACUCCCUCUCGGGGCCUCGAUCAAAGCGCUCGCCACGCUGCCCACCCAUUUGCUCAGCGGGAAGCGCGGCGCCGUCCCGUUGACGGACCAGUCGUUCGACCUCGAGUGGACGGGCCCGAUCACGAUCGGCAACCCCCCACAGAACUUCACACUCGAUUUCGACACUGGCUCGUCCGACCUUUGGGUGCCCGCCGCGUCCUGUGCGUCCUGCGGCAGCCACGCCUUGUAUGACCCCUCCGCGUCGUCGUCCGGCAGCAAGCAGAACGGCACAUUCUCCAUUCAGUACGGAGAUGGCUCUACCACAUCGGGCCUUCCCUACACGGACACCGUCACGGUUGGGGGCAUCACGGUCACCAACCAGGUCUUCGCCGCCGUGACCAACGAGUCCGCCCAGUUCACGUCCGACCCUGCGGACGGAGUGUUCGGUCUCGGCUUCCCCGCGCUCUCUCGUCUCGGUGGCCAACCGUUCAUGUUCGCCGCCAUGGCGCAGGGCGCCGCUCCCAGCGGCGAGUUCGCCUUCAAGCUCGACCAGAACGGGUCCGAGCUCUUCAUCGGUGGCACAAACCCCGCGCUCUACACUGGGGACAUCGAGUUCCACAAUGUCACCUCGAAGCUCUCCGGCUUCUGGCAGAUCGGCGGCGGGUCGGUGUCUGUGGGCGGCAAGGCCGUCGCCUCCGACUUCGAGGCCGUCAUCGACUCGGGGAGCACUAUCAUCAACGCGCCGCCCGCCGCUGCGAAGGCGUUCUGGGACGCAGUUGAGGACGCACAGGUGUUUGACGCUGACCAGGGCCUGUGGGCUGUCCCGUGUGCCGCGGUGCCCGAGGUUGCGUUCAGCUGGGGUGGAAAGACGUGGACAAUCAGCGCUGACGACUUCAACGCAGGGCUGACGGACGUCGGCUCGACCUUGUGCGUUGGUGGUCUGGCUGGGGCAGACCUCGGCCUCGGGGAGGACACCUGGCUGCUCGGUGACACCUUCAUGAAGAGCGCGUACACGGUCUUCUCGGUUGACAAGAGCGCUGUUGGCUUUGCCCAGCUUGCGUAGUCUGUGUUCCCCCACAGCAAUUGGGGUCGUUGAGCGAGUAUACCUGUGCGCAACUGCAAUGCAACCGUCGCUC